AUGUCAGGUAAGGAUUUGAGCGAGUUGCAGUUAACAGUUCCCCAAUUCGAAGAGCUGGCCUCAAAACUUUCCGAGCCUGGCACAGAUUUUGAAAUGUACCAUACAAUUUUACAAGAAUAUAAAUGCACUUUAUAUCCAGUGGAGAUUCUGGAACCGAUCAUUACAGGAUCACAGAAUAUCUAUGCCCGAAUUCAAAUUCUUAACAUUCUCAAAGAAAUAUUAUCACGAAUUUGGGAUUUAAUCGAUUCCGGAAAGAAAUCAAAGCUCAAAACGUUUUUUUUCAAUGCUGUAGCCACAAUCGAGUAUGGUCCUGACAAUGAUCCCGAAUCAUCUUUUGAAAUAUCAUGCCUUAUUGAAAUACUUAAAAAAGAAUGGGCGGAUGACUGGCCAGAAUUCUCACGACUUCUAAUCCAACGAGCAAAAGCAGACCAAGGCGCUCCUAUCAACUGCAUCAAUUUGUUUAAAUUUCUUACAGAAGAUAUCAAAGAAACCAUAAACUCAGGUAUUCCAAUACUGAGGCAUCGCGAACUCGAAAAAGCCAUAAUUAACGACUCCCCGCUGAUCAUCUCAUAUAUUUCUGAUAUUCUGACUGAAACAACAGACCCAAUUUUGAUUAAAUCGGGUUUUGAGUGUUUAAAAGUCAUGUUGAAGUAUACGAACGUGGCAAUCGUUACUAACCAGGUUUUCAUUAAUUCCAUCAAAAACCUAUUCGCAAACGACCUUUUUAAAGACCCGAUUUUGAGUUGUUUUGCAGUUAUACCGAAAACGAAAUACCAAGACUUACAAUUACCCAAAAUUGUUGAAGGAUCGUUUUCAUUCAUGUUUGAACUCCUUUCUUCUUGGAUUGACGAUAAUUUUAAUUUUUACGAAUUUUGUAAAUCGGAAACCGACUUACCGCAUUCACUUUCUCUCUGCCUAACUGAAUACCUGAGGUAUGGACAAUACAGAAUACUACUCUAUAUUACGUAUAAUCAAACUCCUUUUUAUCCGAUAUUUCAGUGGUUGCUGAACCUCUUCGCUUUCUCUCAGGUUCCAACAUACGACAUCUGCUUGGAAUUCUGGGAGGAAAUUACAAAGCAAAUGGUCCGAGAUUCAUCUGAAAUUCGAUUAUCAAAACACCUUAUUCACGCUUUGAUCAAAAUUGCAGUUGAAAAGGUUACACCACCUCCACAAUUCCCAUUCAAACAAUAUGAUACAAACGAAAUGCUGUUUAACGCUCUUACAAGUUUAAUUCACAAUUUAUCUAUAAUAGAUUCAGAAUUUAUCACAAAGGUUGUUACAGAAGCAAUCAUGCAUCAAUCAGGCGAAGAACUUUUCUGCAGAGCUUUCGCUUUUGGUGCAAUGAGCUGCGCAUUACCAGAACCACUCAAAAUAGAGACAGCACAUGGAAUUUUACAGCACUUACUUACGAAAGCAACCGAAUUACAGGACUUUGCAAUAAGUUUGCUCAUUGUUGCCCCUCAAUUUGUUCAAUAUCUCAAAAAUAAUUUGGAAAUGCUACAACUUCUACUGAAAUAUACAGUUGAAUGGCCACUAGGAGCCACAGAUUCGCCUGAAUUUCAGUUAUUCAGCAUUUCCGCGUUAGAUAAAAUUUGUUCUUCGAUUCCACAGCAAUGUUUGCAAUGUGGAGCCCUAGAAAUCAUUAAUAACUCAUCCCAGAUUGCUUCUGGUAUAUGUCCGGAGUGCCAUCCUCCACUUUUCCAUGCAAUAACUUCGAUAAUUCACGCAGCUCCUUCUUCUGAGAAAAACAGCCUCAUAGAUGCAGGAUAUGCCUUUACUACAUCGAAUUGGAACGAGGCUGUUCAGAAUUUGGACACAAUUGAACCUUUAAUUUUCAAAUUUUCUGUUUUGAGCCUUUCAGAAAUCAUUGCAAUCAAUGAUCCCGACAUGAAAGACCUUAUUAGGUCCAUUACAAGCAACGUCAUGGAUGUCUUCCAUUCAAUACCUUCCGAUGACAAUCCAAGAAACAGACAAUUCAGAGACGCAAUUUUUGAAUUCUUUGAAAAAGUGGCAGCAAAAAGUGACACCGAUUUAGCCGGGGAUGUUGUUUCAUGCAUUGUACAAGAUUACUCGGAAUCGUAUAUUAGCUAUAGGUAUCCACAGGCCUUAAGGUGCUUUGCUACCUUUGUUAGAAAAGUUACAGUUGACAAUGAUCUUACAUUAAACUUAUGCGCUGAAGUUAUUACUUCAACGGCCGAGACAAUCAUCGAUUCAGGUGAAGAAUGCCCUGAUGUUGAGAUCUCUGUCUUCGAAUUAAUCAAAGCUGCCGUUGCAUGCGCUUCAUCUCUUGAAGUCUUUGAUACAGCACUUUGCUUACCACUAGAACAAGUCGUAGAGUGGGGACUUGGUCGAAAGAACACACAAACAGUCUCCGCAGCCUUGAAUACGAUAUGUUUGAUCGUAGAUUCACCUGAUAACCCGUUUUCUCUUGCAUUUCUGAACCAGUACUUCCUACAACUAUGCGGAUCCAUCAUCGAAGCGAUGAUUCCGACGAUGGAUAUGGCACUUUUGACUCAAUUCACUCGUACAAUGCAUUCCAUGAUGAGUUUGCAGAGCAGGGUCGGUGUAGAAGACGAUUCUCUCACAGAAGCUCUUGCAGGAAGAAUCCAAGAGAUUGCUCAAGAUAUCGACCAAAAUAUCAUCCAGGAUUUCGCAGGCGCCAUCGUUUCUGACUACGUAGACAUCGAAAAACUACAGACACACAUGGUAGAGCUUGUAAAUGAGCUGAGAUGCGUUGUUUUCAAGAAUGAAAUAAUGAGACAACAAUACGGCCUUGAAGGAGGCUUUUUACUCAGUGCUCCUUAUUUGGUUAACAUCGGAUCUGUUCCUGAGAUCCAAGAAUUUUGA